GAUCUAAUCCCCAAAUUCCACUGAUUUCCAAUCCCUUCCUUGUGCUCAGUUUAGGUCCGGAUUGAGUUUUGGUCCCUGUUUUAACCUCCUGAUUCACGCUUCUGUCUUACCCAAAAUCCACCGUCUUCUGUUUCUUCCUUCUACCUUUCUUCUCCACUCUCCUCACCUUUCUGUCUUACCUUUCUAUCUCUACCGAUUCACGCUUCUACCUUUCUGUCUUACCUCUCUUUGGAGUCACAACUGGACUUCGAACACCGAUCAGAAAGCAGCCUCCUUCUCACGUUUUUCGUUCCUCUCCAUCGGUGAAACUGUGUUCUGUCCAUUGGAACCGGUAAGGAAGAUACAACCUUAUUUUUUAUUUAAAAAUAUGUUUUCCCAAUGAUUAUUGGAUUCAAUUUCAUCCUUUUAAUAGUUUUGUUUCUUGGUUUGGAGAUUUAGAAAUUGGAUUAAAGGAAACAAUGGAACACGGGUCUUUCAACGAUAAUAGUCUUGCCACUUCUUUAAGCGAUGAGGAUCAUACCAUAGCUAACGUCUAUCUUUUUAUGUUGUGCGACCCAAGGGUUACAUUCGUGGCUACGAUAUUCCUCAUCCUUGAGGCUCGAGUUAAUAUUAGAGUUCAAACCACCGGUGAUCCAAGAAGAGAGGUAUUGAAAGAUGCAUGUCAAACGAUGUUGAUGUGUAGGCAUGUGAGGUGCACUUUUGACAAGGCUGUUGAAGAUUUUAAAGCAAGCAAUGCUGUGAAGGCUAUGAAAAUUGAUUCACAAGACAGUAGUGGUGAUGAUUCAGAAGAGAGUGAAUGAAAAUGAUUUCCUACCAUCUAUCUUUCACAUCUUAAGACUAUCAUGUGGUCAUUAGCUCAAUCUGAAUUACUUCUUUUUGUUAUCAUAUCAAAAGCUUUUCGUUUGAUAUCUCACUUAUCAUCAACUAUUUUCAUUGGAUUUGCAAACUAGAGUUGCCUAUGCAAGCUAUUCGGUUUACCUUGCUUGCACAAACCUAUUUAUAUUUAAGGAAUGAGUUAGGGAGAAUACAAUAGCAUGUUGUUAGCAUCCACUAUUUCAGGCUGUGGGGAUUUUCUGUUUGGUUUCUUCAAGUUCGAAGUUGUUUCUCCUGGCUUCGACAAAUGUGGUAUGGAUCUCCAAUAGCGCUUUUGAACUCUGAUUAUCUUCUUGGGAACGUCCUUAGCCUGCUUGCUAGCCUACAUUAAGCAUCGAUAAACAUCAACUCAACCAUUUUGUAACAGGUAAAUGCAGAAAUCAUAUCUAUUCCUUGAGUUAUCAAUUACAAAUUCUGGGAUUACUGUGCAUAUGCUCCACAAUCAAAUACAACAACAAUACACAAUAUUCUUAUGCACAUUUCCGCACAAACUAUAAUAUUUCAUGUCUUCUACAUUAAGAUUGCCUCACGGUGGUUUGAACACUUCUAAAACCAAAACAGAACCACACAAUCAACUAACCGAAUGAUUGAGUUUCGGUUUGCAUUUGUUUUCCAGAACCUAUAAAAUCUUUCACUGCUUGCUAGAAACCUCUGAAGUUAUUUGAAAUUGUGUUUAACUUCAUUGGGCUCAUUGCUUCGGUUGUCUUUUCCGGUACCAAAUCAUUAUACAUUUGUUUCUUCCAUUGACAGAGCUCCUAACUCAACAAAAAACCAGUAGUUUUCCAACCAGUAUGACACUAUCUACCAAUAUAAAUAUUUCCUCCUUAGUGAUUAUAAUGAGGGGCAUAUUUGUUGUCAAUGUCCAGCUUUGAUGCAACAUGCUAAUGUGGAAAAUAAAUAAAACAAAGAGGACAUAUGAUAGGGCACUAUGUGAAGAUUGUUUUAAAAAGUAUGAUCUAGAUGUAAGAUAUGUUUUUUUAAUAGCUGCCAUAUCUUCCUUUACUAACUCAACUUUGUUGUUUAAAUCAGUUUAUUGCCCAAUUGUUCAAUUAAGAAAAAUAAUGUGCUAUGUUAGUGCUGAGGCAAUGGGAUGUCGUCCAUAUACUUUGGGUGGAAUUGCAAUAAUAAUUUUAUUGCUGCUGUAGUAGUUUGUAUUGAUGAUCUUUUUCCAGUUUCAUGUUGUCCCUGAAUUGUUCUCAAGUCAUAGUACCAUUACUUGUGUAAUAGUUACAUAAGUCAUAUAUUAUUAUUCUGACCACUGUUGUUCUAGU